AUGCUUCAUGUUGUCUGCAAAGUAGGAAAUAUUGAACUGGUGAAUUACUUGAUUGGUAAAGGAAUAGAUAUCCAGACAAAAGACACCAAUGGAAAUACAGCUCUCCAUGCAGCAUGUGCUCGUGGUCACUUUGAAAUAGCUAAAGUACUGAUUGAGAAAGGACUUAGUUUCAAUGAAAAGAACACAAGAGCAAUGAGUCCACUUGAUCUUGCAAUCAUCAAUACGCACUAUGGAGUAACAUGUGUAUAUGACCACUGGUAUGCUGUGUCAAAGUGUCAUCCAGGAAUAAGCAUGAUAUCCCUCCAUCACAUUUGCCGGGACAACAAAAUACAGUUACUUUACAAUUCUGAGAUUGUUUUUGCUGAAAAAGACAGUGAUGGAAAUUCUGCUCUUCAUGUUGCCUGUGAGGAAAGAUCGGAAGAGAUAGUACAGUUAUUGAUAAUAGCAGGAGCCUGGUUGCUUGUAUUCAAUAAUCAUGGAGAGGCACCAGUGCAUAUUGCUUGCCAUGGACCAUGUCUUAAAGCUAUGAUAGAUGCAAUUCACAAGAAGAUCAAGGUCAAGGUUUUGUCACUGCGUGACAAAAAUGGAAAUACUCCACUUCACCUUGUAAUACGCGCACAGAAUCUAGGAAACUUGUGCAUUCUUUUGGAUAACAAUGUUGAUGUUGAAAUGGUAAACAGCUUUCAUCAAACUGCUCUGCACAUUGCCUGCUAUGGUGGGAAUGUGAACGUAGUUGAAAAACUCUUAGGAGCUGGAGCUAGUGUUAUAGCUGUUGACAAAAAGUGGUCAAGGAAGACACCCUUGUAUAAUGCAUGUUCAAGUGGAAGUGCAAACAUAGUAAAACUGAUUUUGCAAGAAUCGUCAUUAUCUAGUGUCAGUGAUUCUAACAAUAUGACACCUUUGCAUGUAGCCAGUUGGAAGGGCCACGUGGAUGUUGUGAAGCUUCUGCUGGAAUCUGACCAUGAUCUCCAGGCAAAAACCAAUGACGGACAAACAGCACUUCAUUUGUCUUGUCUGGAAGGACACCGGGAUGUUGCUGAAGUUUUAUUGAAGGCUGGAUCAGAUAUCAAUGCAUUAGACAGUGCUCUUGAUACACCUCUGCAUUUAGCUGCCAGAGCUGGUGUGUGUGAUGUGGUGGUUCUCCAGGCUAAGUGGGGAGCGAGGGACACACAGUGUAACAAGCACGGUAAAACUGCUCUUCAUGUAGCAUGUCAUGAAGGACAUACUGAUGCUGUCAAAGCACUUCUCAACAUGGGGAGUGAUAUUCUAGCAACAAAUAAUUAG